AUGAUUGCAACCAGCAGCGAGCUUUCCAUUAUGGUGAGGAGAUGUCUUCUCACAUGCAAACCGUUCAGGAUCUUUGUGGUGGGGAUCGGCUUCUUCAGCCUCUGCUUUCUAAUGACCUCUCUAGGGGGCCAGUUCUCGGCCAAGCGGCCCGGAGAUUCCCCCUUCACCAUACGAGCUGAAGUACUUGGUGGCCAAGAGUCUCGCGGGGUGCUGAGAAAAAUCAGUGACAUGCUGGAGGUGAUCAUGAAAAGGAUGGACGCUCUGUCUAAGCUGGGAAACACCAGCGAUGCCCACCGGCUGGAUGAGCUCAGCUCGGCCCUGGACAGGAUUCAGCCUGUGGGGCUGGUGGAGCGGAUCCAGGCCAUAGCCCAGAACAUGUCUGACAUGGCGGUGAGGGUGGAGCAGAUCCUACAGCGCAGCAUGGCCGGCAACAAAGUUCGGGACGGCGCCUUUGGACAGUGUGAGAUUCCCAAAGAUCCCCGCUAUCCGGACUGUCCCAGCAAGAUGGAUUGGAUGCGAGCUCGCUGGACAUCGGACCCUUGCUAUGCCUAUUACGGUGUCGAUGGGUCCGACUGCUCCUUCCUCAUCUACCUGAGCGAGGUGGAGUGGUUCUGCCCCCCGCUCCCCUGGAGGAACCAGACCGCAACACCCACCUUGAGACCUCCCCCCAAGAAACAGGCUGUCUUCCAGUCUGACAUCGGGACUCUGCUGGAACAAGUGGGCACCGGGAAAGAGUCUCUGAGCUUCAUGAAGAGACGCAUUCGCAGGCUGGCAGCGCAGUGGGCUUCUGCCGCCCGCCGCCUGGAUGACAAGCUCCGUAGCCACUGGAGAGAGCAAAAAAGGAUUCUUGUCCACGUAGGCUUUCUGACUGAGGAGUCUGGGGAUGUGUUCAGUCCUAAGGUGCUGAAGGGAGGCCCUCUGGGUGAGAUGGUGCAAUGGGCCGACAUCCUCACCGCCCUCCAUGUGCUCGGGCACAACCUCAAGAUCUCGGUUUCUCUCAAGGAGCUGCACGGGUUUCUGGGGGUCCCUCCAGGAAGGGGAAGCUGCCCUCUGACCGGCCCUCUGCCCUUUGACCUCAUCUACACAGACUACCACGGCCUGCAGCAGAUGAAGCAGCACAUGGGUCUUUCACUGAGGAAACACAAGUGCCACAUCCGAGUGAUUGACACCUUCGGCACUGAGCCUGCUUACAACCACGAGGAGUACGCGACCCUGCAUGGAUACAGGACAAACUGGGGCUACUGGAACCUUCAUGGGCAGCAGUACAUGACCAUGUUCCCCCACACUCCAGACAACUCUUUCAUGGGUUUUGUGGCGGAGGAGCUGAAUGAGACGGAGAGGCUGAGUAUUCAGAGAAACAAGGUUCAUAAUAUGGCUCUCGUGUACGGCAAGGAGGCCAGCAUGUGGAAGCUUCAAGGUAAAGAAAAGUUUCUGGCGAUUCUGCAUCGCUACAUGGAGAUCCACGGGACAGUGUACUACGAAACUCAGCGUCCUCCCGAGGUCCCCACCUUUGUGAAGAAUCAUGGCCUGCUGCCUCAGCAGGAGCUGCAGCAGCUGCUCAGAAAGGCCAAGCUGUUCAUUGGAUUUGGCUUCCCGUACGAAGGUCCUGCCCCUUUGGAGGCUAUAGCCAAUGGCUGCAUCUUUCUGCAACCCAAAUUUAAUCCCCCUCACAGCUCUCUGAACCAUGAAUUCUUCAGAGGGAAGCCCACCUCCAGGAAGGUGUCCUCUCAGCAUCCCUAUGCAGAGCAGUACAUUGGCAGGCCACAUGUCAUCACUAUCGACUUCAAUAACUCUGAAGAGUUUGAUGCAACCAUCCGUGAAAUCAUGAGGAUCAAUGUGAAGCCGUUCCUGCCCUACGAGUACACCUGUGAGGGAAUGCUGGAAAGAGUUCAUGCCUAUAUUCAGAACCAGGAUUUUUGCUCUCCCGAGGCUCCGUUUCCUCCAGUGAACUCGUCUCGGACUUGGCCGGGCAGCCCUCCCAGUCCUUUCAUGCUCCUGCCUAAUUCCAGAAUCCUGACCUGGGCCUCCAACGCCAGCUCCUUUUCAUUCUGGCCUCCGCUCAGUGCGCUGCGGCUUCUGGCUUCGCUGGAGGGUCAGUCGUGUGUAAAGGCCUGCCAGAGCGCGGGACUAAUCUGCGAACCAGCCUUGUACCGUUUCAUCAACAUUAAGGAGGCCUUCAGCGCACUGGAUUUCCAGUGUGAAGGAGUGGAGUCAGAGAUGAACCACCUCUUCCCCGCCUUCUCAGCAGAACACGCUGAAUGUGGCCUGCAGCAGGACCCGCUGCUGUACAGCUGCGCUGGCUCCAGUCCCCGAUACCAGCGCCUUUGCCCCUGCAGGGACUAUCGCAAAGGCCAGGUGGCACUGUGCAGGGACUGCCUAUGA